AUGUUUCAAAAUGUUACAGAAGCAAAAAAGUUUAUUGGUAAAUCCCUUCAGCCAGCACGACCUGUGCAUCAACUGUCUUCUAAACAAGCAUCACCCAUUGCAUUAAACAUUCGGACUGAAUUACCCAGCAGCACUGAAGUAUGUUUGCAGAGUAAGGUUAACUGGUCAUCUGAAAUGACUGAAGUGAAGAUCUUAACUCAAACUAUGAUGCUCUGUCAACCAAAGCAACAUGAAUCAGGAGAAAAAAAAGAAAGGAUCCAAUACAGCAGAGAUUUCCUUCUGAAGCUUUCAAAUGUUUCUCUCUCUCAGAAGAAACCAGAGUUUCUUCCUGAUCAUCCAAUUGUACUUGAAAAGCCAGUAAAGAACAAACCUUUCAUUGACAUCUGCAAGAAGUGA